AUGGCCGGAGGAAAUUUAUACCCUAAACUCAAUAAUGAAUUUGAUGCGAACAAUGAUGAAACGGAUGACAACGAAAAUAUAGAUAAAGAAAUCGUAGACCCUUCUUUUGGUGCAGAAGGUACUGACGAAGUCGUAACGCGAGGUGUAGCUCUCAACACAAUCGUUCAGGAUAAUUUACGGCCAGCAGCCAUGAGAGAUAUGGAGCAAGUUCGAAGUCAUAACUGUGCUUUUAUGAUUGAACCAUUUAAAUUUGAUCCAACAUAUCCUGAGGGUGCACCUGUUCCUCUUCGAAACAACUUUCAAUGUGGUAAACGCGGAGAAACAGAUCAUGUUCACAUGCCAUUUUCACGAUACAAUCUUACUAGAAAGAAAGAAUUGGUAUGGCAUAUCAUUCAGAAAGCAUUGACGAACUUAAAACAGAUGUGCGAUAUUCAUACGGCGACUAUAGAGGAACUGAAAGAAACUAUUCGAAGUUGUACUCGACAAGAACAUGAUUUCAGCAUAUUGGAAAAAUUAAUCAACGAUAUUUAUUCGAAUGAACAGCGCGAAUAUUUUAUGUCGACGACCUUGCCGAAUAUGUGUAAUCUUGCUUUAAAUGUAGAUACAAUAUGUCCUCAACCACCUCCUUUGUUGCGUGUCGGAUCGAAUGCUUCCGUUACGUUAUCGCAACAUCAAGCGGCUGCUUUGUUAGCUUGCGGAUUCUUUUGCCUAUUUCCGAAUCGAUCCUAUGGUGAUGGAAAGUAUAAAUUUAAGAGAUUUCCAAAUCCAAAUUUUGAUCGAUUGUAUAGACCUGGUCAUCCGAAGAAAAUAGAGAAAUUAAGAUGUAUUCUCCACUAUUUUCGACGAAUUAUCGAGAAAAAGCCCAAUGGUGUGAUUACUAUUCAGCGGUCUGCCUUGCCGUUAGAUAGAAUUCCGCUUUGGGAACGACAGAAAACAAAUUUAUGUGAUUUACAUCUAGCAACAGGCUUAAGAAUUGAAGAUAUGCAGGACACUUUACAAGUUGAUUUCGCUAACGCAUAUAUCGGUGGUGGUGUACUAAGAGGUGGUUGUGUCCAAGAAGAGAUUCGCUUUGCUAUUUGCCCCGAGAUGCUUGUCAGCUUACUCCUUUGUGAGAAAAUGGAGAAAAACGAAUGUGUUUAUCUGAUCGGAUGCGAACGAUACUCAUCAUACAAAGGGUAUUCGAACACAUUCGAAUUCGCUGGUGACUACCGAGACGCGACGCCGAAGGACAAUUGGGGUCGAAGAUCUUGUUACUUGGUUGCUAUGGACGCAAUAUACUUCCGUGACAAAGGUAAACAGUAUGAUAUGGGAUGUGCUGAACGUGAACUACUCAAAGCUUAUGUCAGCUUCCGACAAGAGGGAUAUGAGUUACUUCGUCACCGUGCUAUUACAACUGGCAAUUGGGGUUGUGGUGCAUUCAAUGGUGAUCGAGAAUUAAAAGCGAUUAUUCAAUGGAUGGCAGCAUCUGAAGCUCGAUGUUCGCUUAUCUAUGCGGCCUAUCGUGAUAAAAGACUCAUUGAUUCAUUGGGCGUAGUUUAUGAUUAUUUGAGAGAUCAACAGGCAAACAGCCAUUAUUUCGUCACUGACAUUUGCUUCAUUCGUGUUAUUUUCUCAUUCGGUAGCAGACAUUUUAUUAUGGCUGUUGAUGCGGCUCGUGAACGACGCAGAGAACGAAGGACGAGACCUCGUAAUGAUGCUGCUAAUACGGACGCGAGUUUUCAUUUUUCCAAUGCAGAAGUAUUACAAAUGGCGUCAUUCGAUAACAUUGUUAACAUGUGUCCCAAUCCUCCUGAGAUGAAGAACAUGGAGCAAAUGACCAGUGCAAAAUGUAUAUUCAUGAUUUUGCCAUUCAAAUAUGACUCAUCUCAUCCUAAUGAUGAACCAAAGUCAAAGUUUAAUGGACGUGGCUAUCGGGAUAUAUGGGAUGCACAACAUGUGCGCAUGCCGUGUUCACCUAAAAAUGCCACUGAAAACUAUGGAUUGAUCUGGAAUAUUAUCUGUGAACAAUUACGUCAUCUUCAACAUCUUUGCGAGAAGGGUACCGCUAGUUUUGGAGAUUUGAAAACAGCGAUUGAAAACUGUGCUGGACGUCAAUACAAAAUGAAUUGUUUGGAUAUACUCAUCAAUCAAGAAUAUCAACAUGUUGAACGACAGGAAUUUUUGUCAUCGGUUCUACCCAAUAUCUGCAAUCUAGCAUUGAAUGUAGAUAAAGUUUUUGGCGAGCCACCUCCUCUACUACGAAUCGGAGCGGAUAGUUCAUUGACAAUGUCACAAAGGCAAGCUGCAUCGUUACUGGCUUGUUCAUUCUUCUGUUUGUUUCCAUACCGUUCAGAUGAUGUUAAUGAACAAAUCGAAGAAUACAGAUAUUUUCAAAACCCAAAUUUCAAUAGGUUGUAUAACAAGGGAGGACAGCACAAGAUCGAAAAACUCAAAUGUAUCCUAAAUUAUUUUCGACGUAUAACAAAUCAAAUGCCAAAUGGUGUGAUUAGUUUCCGACGAUACAUAUUACCUAAGAUGUCUCGUCCAAAGUGGUCUGAAUCCCAAGCGAAGCUCUCUCCAAUGCAUUUAACACUAGACAAAAAGAUCGAAGAUAUCGAAGGUGUUUUACAUGUUGAUUUUGCGAAUGAAUAUAUUGGUGGAGGUGUUUUAAGUAGUGGCUGUGUUCAAGAAGAAAUUCUAUUCAGCAUUUGUCCUGAAAUGCUCGUUUCUUUGCUUGUUUGUGAAAAAAUGAAUGAUGAUGAAUGCAUAUUCUUGAUCGGCUGCGAACGUUUUUCACAGUAUAAAGGUUAUGGCGAUUCAUUUCAAUUUGCUGAAGACUACAUUGAUGAUACGCCUAGAGAUAAUUGGGGUCGAAAAUGGAGUCACGUAGUUGCUAUGGAUGCAUUGUAUUUUGAUAAACCGGAAGUACAAUACGCAAUGCAGUAUAUUGAUCGUGAAUUAAUCAAAGCGUUCACAAGUUUUCGCACACGGAAAACAGGUAACGAACAAGAUAUUGAAUUUGGUAUUGCCACUGGAAACUGGGGCUGUGGUGUAUUCAAUGGUGACCGGCAACUAAAAGCAAUUAUUCAAUUGAUGGCAGCUUCACAAGCUCAACGGCCACUUAUCUAUGCUACAUUUUAUGAUAAAAAUCUAUCGGAAUCUUUCUCAGAAGUCUACAAUCAUUUAGUACACCAGCGAGCCACAGUCGCAGAUUUAUAUCGAUAUCUUAAAUGUUAUUCGCAACAAAACAAGCAAGAGAAUUUGUUUGAGUUUAUUCUUCGUAAAUCAAUCGAAACUCUCUACUAA